AUGGAACGUAUCGAACGUAAAUCACUUGUAGACGUCGUUGAUGACACAAUCAUAGUCACAGCCGAUAAAUUCUGUAGAGCUGCGAGGAAGGCGACAAAGCCAGGUGGCUCACACGAGCUCAAAGGUGGUACCACAGCUAUUCCCUGGGUCUGUACGAUGCUGGCAGCAGAGCAACAAGGAUUAUCCAGCCAAUUCGAUGAGUCUAUCGCUCUUUCCAGAUCUGCAAUCCGUCCCAAGGACUUUCAAUUGGUUGUUCAAGCGUGCAGGAAGCUUCUUGUUCCACAAGAGGCACCCGAGGCACAAAAUCCACUUAACCCAGUUAGCGCGCCAAACGACGCCUCUAAAAUUCCCCUCACUGCAGAUGAACUUGUCGAAGAAUUCGAAAUGCCAAAGUCGCGCAUCGAUGAUGUCACCCAGUUGAUGGAUGCUUUUUAUGCGGGCGCUGUCCCCGCCAAGCAGCAGCUUUACAUCGACAAUACAAAGGGUCAGUAUAAGAAUGAGCUUAUUGGUGCCCUAUUCUGGUCAAUGGCUGCCGCAUUGAAUAUAGAUGAACUUCCUACACGCAAUCAAUUCGCCUCCGAUUGGCAGCUUACCGGUCAUACAUUCAGGAAGUAUUGCGAGGAUGCAGAUUUCUACGCGCGCGAUCAGCUCGAGGCGCUCAGAAAGACGGGCCGAACGCUCGAAAAGACAUCACCGAAGCGCGAAGUCGGUCUCGAACAGAGUCUAGCAACGCCGACUAAGCGCAGACGCAAUGCAGCGGAACAGGCUGUGAUAAAAACGGCAAAGACUGCUGCUGCUGCUCAACGUCCCGCUCGUACCAAUGACGCUCUCAAAGACCUCCAGUCGCGCAGAACUACUCCCCAGAAACCUUCAGUCACUUCCAUCACUUCCACUCCCCAGAAGACCGUCAAGAGGAACACAACACCGUCGAAUCAGACACCCCGUCAGGCCGCUGCUCGUGCUCAGAGACAUCAGCGUAUUGAAACUGCUAAAGAUAACAGCACUGACAAAAACUCAUUAUCUAAUUCUCUGUUGUCUCAACGUUGGUGUUUCACAGACGCUUUCAAAUCUUCCUAUCAGCCAUCGCGUUGGGAGGAGUUUCUGCAAGUACGGGCCAAGUUGAUAGAUGAGUUGGCCUAA